UUCCAAUAGGGGACAUGUACACUGAUCAUCAGGGCACUGAUGAUCAGUGUGCCCUGAUGAUCAGUAUAGCCCCAGCAGUGUCACCUGUCAGUGUCCAUCAAUGCCAGCUGUCAGUGAUCAUCAAUGCCACCUGCCAGUGCCACAUACCAGUGCACAUCAAAUGCCACAUAUCAGUGCCCAUCUGAGCUGCCUUUCAGUGUGACCUAUUAGUGCUGCAAAUCAGUGCUGCCUAACAGUGCCACCUAUCAGUGC